ACGGGACAUUUUCUUCUGUUAAAUCACACGAACGCACGUCUGUAUGAGAACCGCAGGCAAGAGGAAAGGUAUUGCUCAGUUGUGUGUACACGGGCGGGUAGUUAGCUAAAUUAUUGCCAAUGAACAGGCCGGACAAUAUGUCAUCGUGUUUAUCUUGUAUUUAUACACUAGCCAAGGUAGGGCAUUAGAUGUGAAGGUGUACAAAGAUCGUUUUUAUGCACAAAAUGUACAACCCAGCUUACUUUCAGUUUUGUUUACGUCUAGCUACAGCCUAAUCGAAAUUAUGGGAAUUGUAGUUCAAAAAUGCAGUUUUCAAUAGUGUGAUGUUUGCUUUGGACUACAAAUUCCACAAUGCCCGGGUAGGGAAAGGAAACAGAAAUCUUAGAAACUAAAGCUUGAUCCGAUUGUGUUGAUGUGGUAGUUUUGUCACUUUAUCAGUAUGUGACAAGCAUUUUUUCCCGGAAGCCCCUCAUACGAACAGCUAGGAACAUUUGGCAAAUGUAUCAUUCCUCGUAAACGAUCACACCCAACGUAGUCAUUAAGAGACUUGAUCGUUUAGUUUUGACAGAAUUUAUAACCUCACAUUUAGUAUUAAAGAUCAGAGACGUAUAUAUAAAGAGACGUACUUUAUUUCUAGAAGAUACGUGGACAAUUCUAAAGUAAACCAAGGAGGGGAUUCAAUUGAUCAGAAGAAAGGGGAAUCCGAACACAGUUGCAUUUGUCAGGAAAUUUUACAUCCGUUAACAAGUUGCCACAGACUUUUGACCUUAAUGUUCUGUAACAGCUGCUUGCAGGAGUGCCUGCGGACCCACAAGCCUAUCUGUGCCGUGUGUCGGACCACACUGGACAAGUGGGCCAGAGACACGGCCAUAGAGACACUUAUCCAGAAGAACACGGGCCCAUGCAAAGGCUGCCAGACACAGGUGCGCCUAUCCCAAAUGCGGAGCCACACAGCCGUUUGCUCCAAAUACCAGGAGUACAUCGAUGAGGGGGUCAGGAGCACCACGCAGUCCCAGCCUGCCGUCAGGUGGGGCGCUGGCAGGUGGCCUCUCUCUUGUCUCCAGCCAUCAGCUGAUCCUCCGGUGCCUAAUCCCCCUCCAAUCCUCCUCCCUCCUCCCCAACGCAGCUCGGUUCCGAACCGCUUCACGUUCUCCUGUCCGUACUGCAACUUCCAGAACCUGGACCAGGAUGGCCUGGUGGAGCACUGCACGUCGCUGCACGCUAGGGAUACGCGCCACGUGGUGUGCCCCAUCUGUGCCUCGAUGCCUUGGGGAGACCCCAACUACCGCAGCGCCGACUUUUUCCAGCACCUGAAGAUCAGACACACGUUCUCCUACGACACAUUCGUGGACUACUCAGCUGACGAACACACCAUGAUCCAGGAGGCCCUGCAACGCUCCCUGAUGGACAAAUAAUGAGACCGACAGGGGUCGCUGCUGAGGCGCUGCUCGGCCGCCUCGUGGAAGCCUUAUAGUUAAUGGUGGCACCUCGGGCGCAAGCAGAGCGAUCUGGAAUAAUUCCAGUAGCGGUACUUUUUAAUAAUUCGUCCACAAUCGGUAAUACCUAUCAUUUAAUCUUCCGCCACUGUAAUGGGGGUGAGGUGAAUUUAUGGAGUACUGAAAUCAGAAGUGUUUGGUGUUAUGAGUGACAUCUGAUCUGUUAACCUUAUGCGUUUAUCAAUGUUUAUAAUUAAAUUUCGAAACAUGUCUUCCUGAAAUUAAGAUGGGUGGUGAGUAGUUAAACGGCAGCCUUUGAAGGUCAUGAAUAAUGCUAAUGUGCAUCGGGGUUACUCUGUGCAACUGAUUUUAAAAAUUUGGAGGAAAAUUCACUUCCAUAUUUUGUAAUAUUUUCUUUCUUUAAGUUGUUUACAUCACCCUAUGUCGGUAUGUAUCUGUAUACGAGAAAAUGCGUCACUCCUGCGUGCGUUGCUUUCGAUGAUAUUUGCUCUGAGCUUAGCUAGUUUCCUCAAGGGAAGGCGUCGGUUGUUAAUUCUGUAAGGUGUCACGCAUCGGUGUACGUAAAACUAAGCAUUGCCCUUUCUUCCUUUUUUGGUAUUUGUAAGGGUUGGUUUUUUUAUAAAAAAAAAAAAAAAGCGUCGUAAGUAGUAGAUCAUCUGAAAAACGAUAACCGAAGCAAGUACGGGGGAAGAAAGUUGUGAAUAGAAUGUUAGUCUAUAAUAUGACCAGAAGGGGGCAGUGUUUCCCUUUCUGUGUGAGCGCACGUCCCUCAUCUCCGGCAGCGCCGUUCUGUGCGCCCAUCAAUACUGCUUCGUGAUCACGUACAUUAACUCCAAACGAAGCUCUUAUACAUGCAGAAAACACUGCAUAGUGCAACACUGCAAGCGACGCUAAACCUUCAGUUAUUUACUAAUAUUCUUAUUUGAAUACAGCUCAAAAUAUUAAGCUCUGUUGUCACACUUAGGAGAUCCUUUCCUAAUCUGUUUUUCCAUUCGGUUUGACACCACGGAUAUGCCCGAUUUGAUAACGUGUGUUUGUUGUUUUGCCAUUUUUCCUCUCUCUUUGCCCAUGACAAUGAAUUCGUAAAGCUAACAUUUUAGGAAGCCUGACCUUGUGUUUAUUGGAGUAAAGUGUAUGACUGGUCCAAAUGUCAACUACUGAACGAAUAUCCCACUUUUCAGGAGAAAUAUAGACUGCGCAGUUUGGUAUCUUUUUUCGGGGGGGCUGUCUUCUUGUGAUCCUCGGUAAAUCUCCCCAAAAUCUGGAUGGUCAGGUGUCAAACGCGGUCAUUUUGAGAGGAACAUUUGGUUACUUCUGAUCAUUUGUGACAAUUCAAGAAUUCCUUCCCCUAAAUGCAAAAAAAAAAAACAAUAAUAAAAAUUGUACUCCUGUGAAACGUAAUUGUUCAUGAAAGGAGAAUUAGGAUUUUUCCUAUUUUAUUUAUUUGUGUUUGUUUGUGUUGGUCAAUAUUUCGCCCAGAGCCAAGUUUUCGAAGAUUUAAAAUGUAUCUUCAUUUAUAAUGGAGCUGAUGAGAUGUCGGAUCUUUUGGAUGUGACCCUUUGCUUUUCACAAAAUAUAUGAACUAAAACACA